CAUACGGCAAUCGUGCCAAAUUUCAAGUCUGAAGACUUUAUAUUUCUUGUGAUUAGAUGUUUGUUCAGUCAAUGCGUUACGUAGUUACAAAUUAGUGAAAAGGAAUGUUUUUACAUGUUUCCUCUUCAGUAAUUACAAUUAACACCUGCUCACACAUUGUCACGAUUUCUACUUUUGUCCAUACACAAUGAAAGUAAUCUACCAUUAAUAGCGUGACAAUAAGUGAUAGCAAGCGUGUAAAAUGUCUGGUAAAAAUCUACUAAAGCAUAUUUUCAUAGUGAUGACAUUACAUCAGUGCUUUAAUUUUUCUGAUAGCGGGCGGAUUAAAAGGAUUGUCGGUGGAACACCUGUCAUGUGUGAUGAAAAACCGCGAGUGGUGUCACUUAGAAACUCUAGCAGUAAUCAACAUCUUUGUGGAGCCACCAUCAUAAACCCUGACUUCGCUUUAACAGCGGCACACUGUGUACGUGGAGAUGCCGACCAGUACAUUCUACAGCUAAACAACAUCUGUGUUGAAAAGAAUUCACCGUAUCCCGAAGCGAAAGUGGAGAAAAUAUAUACACAUGAACUAUACAACAAGUACUCUCGAGCUCACGAUUUAGCAAUUCUGCAGAUAAGGCUUGCUUUAGAUGACGUCACUUGGCUUAAUGACUCCGUGCUGCCAACCUCAUCUUUCGGGUUAUCAGGUGAAUGUACUAUAUACGGAAACGGGUACACGGAUCCAGACAUUAAAGAAGUCUCAGACACCCUUCAAGCCGCAGUAGUGAGGAUCGUUUCACUUGAUAAAUGCAUCGAGCUGCUGGGUCCGUAUGUGGCGCCUGAGAAUGAUUAUGGCAUGUUGUGUGCACUCGGGCUUACAAGUGACGGUUGUCAGGGGGAUUCUGGUGGUCCGUUAAUAUGUGAAAAUUCAUUAUUGGAAGGUAUCAGCAGCUACGGAAUGGGAUGUGGCGUAAAAAAUUUACCAGGAGUAUACACCAGCAUUGGACCGCAUUUAAAUUGGAUACGUGACGUCAUACAAACAUACAACCAAUCACGACAAAAGAAACAAAACUGAAUAUAUGACAUAAAAUAUUUAUUUUGCGAUUUGAACUUUAUAACUUCAGAAAGCUUUCAUUGAUAAUGUCUACAACACAAGAGUAUAACAUUUAAGUACUUCAACAUUAAAGUCAGCAUUAACAUCGAAAUCCAUAAUAUGAUUCUAUUAUUUGGAUAUUUUGUAAAUGAUAAAAAUAAAAUUCCCAGGUCACUAAGUAUUGUUAUACACAAUGUAAAAAAACCUAUACCAAAGACUGAAACUACGCAUUCUGUACACCCAAACAAGUAAUAUUACAAAAUAUUAUACGUGGGAAUCAUUUAUUUUGUACUUUUAAUUUAAAAAAAUACAUUUUUUAUCCAGUACGCAAUGUAUAGCGCGGCGCGCUACUGUGGCGCUACCAUUAAGGGCGUCGAUAAAAGUUUCUAAAUAGCGUCUUGAAAAUAUUAAUGUAUAAAUCUUGAAAAAAAAUUGUGACUUUGACCUUCAAUAUCUCCAUAACCUUAAGUUUCCCAGGUAUAGUCCAAAAGAAAAAAAAUAUCUGCGUGAUGGGAAAGAUACGAGGCCUUCGUUAAAGGUUUUUUCACACCUGUAUAAUAUCUACCUAUAUAACAAAUAUCUAAGAGCAUUACAAAAAGGCCUACCCCUAGCAUUUGCACCGCGAUAUGCGAUAUUAAGAUAUAUAUUUAUUUUUAUCACGGUCAAUUGUCAAAUUAGUAUAGAGUUUGACAGUUAAACGCAAUAAAAAACGAACUAUGAUAACGGACUAUGAACGAACUGAUGCUACGGGAACACCAAUCGACACAUUUUUUUUUUGUCAUGUCACUUUUGGAUUACCAAUUUACAGAUGGCAUUUAUUUUAAGUAGGAAAUAAAUAAUUAAGUAGCCUAAGACUCCUGCAGACAAGAUUGAAAAAUCAAACCUGCAAUAAGUACAUAACAAAAUUUCGAUAUUUUAACGGUCCAUAUUCACAUGUCAAGGUUAUUUUCAAGAUACGUCAUCCCGUUAAAGCGCCGCUACCAGUAUAUCUCUAUUAUUAUGUCACACCAAAAUCUACCAUUAAAUAUAGUAAACAAUCAAAUACAGCAUUACACACCACAACAAAACAUUCAUGAACGUUUAAAAUAUUAUUGACAAGUCCAAAACUAUGAAAAUAUUUUGGUCUACUACGAGGAAAAUCGUAAUACUUAAGCUAUUGUUUUAUAAAUUACCUAUACAGAGCAAUUAUUUUGUGAAAACAUUAGCGGUUUCGUUUACAUUUUAACUAGCUUUAUUUAAAUCAGGGAUCAAAAAUGGCGACAUUUCAUUCAAUUUGACAUUUCAUCUUAAUGGCCUGUGAAAUUAGACAUUUUGUUUCAUAUUUUAACUCAUUCGAUGUUUUCUAAAAUAUCUUGUCAAUUUAGUAUUUGAUAAAAAACUUAAGUUAUAUUAAUGACAAAUUUAUUUACUUAUUUAAAAAUGAAAUGAAUGAAUGAUUUCUUUAAUGCAUAAUAAUAUUAUACAUCGUGCAAUCUAUCUAGCUAAUUAAGAACUCCACUACACUAAGGGAGACUAGCACAAACAUUGUUUUAAUUUAAAUAUCUUCAAUACAAUAGGGGUGAUGACUAAAUGUUAGUAUUGAACACAUAUUUUUUCACUAUUAACAUAAUCAAAACAUUACUUAGAGUAUGCUCUAAGAUUUGAAAUAUCGCAUGACAUUAUGUCUUGGUACAUUUUCACGUGAUGAUGCCAUAAGCUUACUCCUAAACUUAACCUCGUUUUACCAUUGUCAAUUUUCGGUUUAUCUUUAAAGGCAAAAUAAAUGAGAUAGAUUGUUUAUUAACCAAUAAUGGUUGUUGAUAAUCUAUCUGCCGGACUAAACAGACUUUCGUUUACUUUACUCCGUCAUCAUCCAUUUAUAUGAAAUAUUAAAACAGUUGACAAAUAUAAGAAUAGUACGAAACCAACGUAAUACAGGUUUCAGUUAGUGAAAUGGAGAUUGGACUAAGCGUUCCCGGUCUAGCUGUACAGUAAAACGGCAGAUAAGUAUGAAAAAACGAAGCGACAGUUCGUAGAGGUAUUGGCUUCACCAUCGCUUUUUCUCUUUCUAGAGAUAUCAAUGUUAUAAGAAAGUGACUCAUUUCAAAAUUUGUCCAUGGCGAUAGUGAAAUCUAUACGAAACCCAGAGCGCAACUAAAUUUGGUUAACUGCGCUGCCACUUGCACUUAAUUCACAGUCGCCAUUAAGUUUCAAUCGCACUCCAGUGAUCAACGAUAUUAAAUACCCUAGAUA